AUGACUGUUCGACCACUACCAACAGCUUUGGCUGAAAAAGCCCGAAAAGAAUUAAAUGAAGAUCCCGAAUUAAUCGAUGAAAAAAUUCAACAAUUCAAACAAUGGAUCUUAAGUCAAAAACAUUUGAAAGCCAGGACAGAUGAUCAAUGGCUUUUGGCCUUUUUACGUGGUUGUAAAUAUAGAAUGGAGCAGGCAAAGUCCAAAAUUGACUUGUAUUAUUCACUGAGGAGCACUGCGCCAUAUCUGUAUAGUGUUAAGUUCAAUGAAUCCAAACUAAUAGAUCUUUUGAAUUUGGGAUCUGUAGUAAUAUUACCGAAGACUCUAAAUCCGGCAGAACCCAGGAUUAUAUUUUACAGAUUAGGAAGAUUUGAUCCUAAAGAAUAUCACAUUAUAGAUGUAUUGUGUCUUUUAUCGUUUAUGGAGCAGAUAUGUUUUAUGGAAGACGAUACUUUUGUUGUGGCUGGAACAAUUCACGUGUUGGACUUCGCGGGUACUAAAUUUGGUCAUUACACCCAAACAUCAUUUACCCAUUUACGGCAUAUAGGAGUAGCUAGACAGGACGCUGUCCCUAUUCGUAUAAAGAGAAUACAUUUUUUAAACACUCCGUACUUUUUUGAGACAUUUUUUAAAGUCGCUAAAAUGAUUCUUAGCGAGAAGAAUAAGCAAAGGAUUCUUUUCCACAGUAAAAGUGCUUUGCAUGAUUACUUUCCCAAGGAGGUCAUACCUGAGGAAUAUGGAGGAACCGGAGACAGUUUUCGGCAAUGUGUAGAUUAUUGGAAGAAUAAGAUAAGGGAGUAUAACUCGUUUUUUGAAGAGGACCUCAAAUAUGGCAGUGAUGAAUCUAAACGGCUCACGAAGAAUGAAUCAAUAGAGUUUGAUUGA